AUGUCCUCCCCUCCCAUUCCCGCCGACGACGCACCGCAUAUCUCCGAGGCGGAACAGAAGAAGCUCGAUGCGGAGCAGGCCGAUCGCGAGAGGCGCGAGCAGGAGGCCCUCCCCUACAAAUGGCGCCAGACCCUUACAGAUCUCACCAUCACCCUCCCCGUCCCGCCCGGCACGCGCGGAAAACAGCUCGACGUCCAGAUCAAGAAGAAGCAUGUGCGCGUUGGGCUGAAGGGACUGGAACCCGUGCUGGAGGGAGAGUUGUUCAGGGAGGUCAAGGUCGAUGAGAGUACUUGGACGUUGGACGACUCCUCCGAACUCACCCUCUCGCUCGAGAAAGUCUCGAACCAAUCCUGGUGGCCUCACGUCGUCCUCUCGGCCCCCAAAAUCGACACGACCAAGAUCCAGCCCGAGAACUCGAAAUUGAGCGAGUUGGAUGGCGAGACGAGGGCCAUGGUCGAGAAGAUGAUGUUCGACAACCAGCAAAAGCAGAUGGGCAAACCCACCUCGGACGAACUCCGAAAACAAGAGAUGCUCCGCAAGUUCCAGGAACAACAUCCCGAGAUGGACUUUUCCAAGGCCAAGAUCGGCUGA